AUGGGUUUUCUUCUAAGUUAUUCCAUUCUAUUAUGCAUUCCAUUCGUAUUUUCACUAUAUAAUAAUAUUAUUAAAAAUACGCUUUACAUAUACAACAAUGAAUUAACAAAUAAUGCAAAUCGCUUUCUCAAAAAUAUUAAAGAUGAUUUUAUUGUUUAUGGAGUAACACAGGAUUGUAAAAUAUUUUUCGUCGAACGAAAUAAUAUAAAUUUAUUUAAUAAACUUAAAAUAGAUUUUAUGAAUACAUAUUGCUAUCCAAAUCAAAUCAAACUUCAUCUACAACAAGGAAUUCAUCAAUUAUCAUUCAUACUUUUUAUUAGACAAACUCAUAAUCGUAUUUGUUUAUUAAAUAUUGAAAUGCCUCAUUUAGAUGUUAUAAAAAUGGUACACAAUAAAAAUUUCAGUUAUUCGUUAUAUUCAUCGUUACCUUAUGCUACAUGUUCUCAUCUCAAACAUCAGUCAUUUAUAUUGAAUCCAAAUUUAUCAUUUAUGGAUACCACAUUUUCUGAUAUCGUAUAUUUCGUAAAUGAAAAAUCCGCUGGAAAUAUAUGGGAUGUGCAGCAAUUUCAGUUGAUAAUGAGAAAUGAUAUGAUAAAUUUGAUAGAUUUAGAAAAAAAAUUAUUUUUAGAAGAAUCGCAUCAUUUUCUUCAAGCUAAACAUUAUAUAUUUCACUUGGAUUUGAAUAAUUCAUUACUCUAUUCGAUGAAUCGACAUGUUAAAAAUCUUUUAUCCGAAUGUGCUUUCGAUCUUUUAUUCAGGCAAGUUUUAAAAGAAAUUUCUGAAUGA